AUGAUUUCUCACGCUCAAGAGGCCUUCCAAAAUUUCCAGAAUCAACUAAAUAACAAUAUAACAAAAUUUGAAGAUCAAUACAUCUCAGAAGAAGAAGAAGAUUAUUGUCCAUUAUGUAUCGAACCAUUAGAUAUUACAGAUAAGAAUUUUUUCCCAUGCCCAUGUGGCUAUCAGAUUUGUCAGUUUUGUUACAAUAAUAUUAGACAGAAUCCUGAAUUAAACGGUAGAUGCCCAGCAUGUCGUCGUAAAUAUGAUGAUGAAAAUGUACGAUACGUGGUUCUAUCACCUGAAGAAUUGAAAUUAGAAAGAGCCAAACAGGCGAAGAAAGAGAAGGAGAGGAAACUGAGAGAAAAGGAACGUAAAGAAAAUGAAUAUAAUAAUAGAAAACAUUUAGCUGGUAUGAGAGUCAUUCAGAAAAACUUAGUCUAUGUUGUGGGCAUUAAUCCUCCAGUUCCAUAUGAAGAAGUGGCUAAUACCUUGAAAUCUGAUAAAUAUUUUGGUCAAUAUGGUAAGAUUAAUAAGAUAGUUGUUAAUAAGAAGACACCUCAUGGUGAUAAUGAUAAUAGUAGUACCAGCACCUAUCACCAUCGUUCGCCAGGGUAUGGUGUCUAUAUUACGUAUGCGUCAAAGGAUGAUGCUGCUAAAUGUAUCACUCAGGUAGAUGGUACCUAUAUGGAUGGCAGAUUAAUCAAAGCUGCCUACGGUACUACGAAAUAUUGUUCAUCUUAUUUAAGAGGUUUACCAUGUCCAAAUCCAAAUUGUAUGUUUUUGCAUGAACCGGGUGAGGAGGCAGAUUCAUUCAAUAGAAGAGAAUUACAUAAUAAACAACAACAGCAGUUGCAACAGCAACAGCAACAACAGAUUGGACAUGGUACACCAUCUUCAGCUCAUAGUAAUAUUUACACAAAACACCUACCAAAUUCAAGUCAUACUUUCUCCUCUCUGAAUAGUCAUCAUUCUGCAACAACAUCUCCAGCACCAAUAAGAACGCAACUAAAUUCACAUGAAUCACAUAAUAACACUGGUCACCCAACUCCUUCCUUAACUCCGGCACCGGUACCAGCUGGAUCAAAUCCAUGGGGUAUCACACAAUCUUCUACUCCAGUAACAUCUUUAAAUCUUUCCAAAAACACGAGCUCCAAUCAUUUACCAUCAUUGUCAGAUACACAUAACAGUAACAUUCCUAACACAACUACGGCCACCUCUCCAAUAGAAUCAACAUCUCAUCAUAAUAAGAAGAAGAAUGCCACCAAUGAAAAGCAAUAUUGCGAUCCAUAUGAUUCAUUGAACAUUGCAGUUAAAUUUUUGGAUGAAAGAAUUACUGAAUUAUCGAAUUACGAGAAUAAGAGGACUAAAUUAAGAUCCAAUAUUAUUGACGAAUCUCAAUAUAAAAACUAUCCAUCACUAUUUUCAUGGGAUAAUAUUGAACCAAGUGAAAAGAGCGAUAACGUCUUGUCCAAGAAACUAGUUGAAAUCCUCUCUAUAAAACCAAUCGACUAUUCUGCAUCCGUUGUAGAAUUCUUACAAAGUGUCAAUGUAAAUAAUGGUACUGACAGACAGGAUGAUAACAGCAUUCAAGAGCAACAGCAACAGCAAGUGAUUUCAGAACAACAAACUCCUGUCGCCCAUGCUAACUUGCCACCAGGUAUUUUCCCCCAACAAUUUACACAGCCACAAACUAAGACUGAACCUUUACCAAGCAAUUCAAGCGAUCUUUUAAAUCAACUGAUCAACGGUAGAAGGGUUGUUGCAGGGAAUUGA